CAGUUUUUCUAAGAAUUUUAGUCUCCUGCAACAUUUACUGCUGUGGUUAGUUCAUGUGUUGAAUAGUUGUAGUUUAGAUUGGUUCAACACAGUGAUUGUCAUAAGUGUUGUUUGGGAGAUGGGAUAAAUGACCUUUUUUUUCUUCUAUCUUUUGACUUACAUUUUAUUACAUUUGAUCAAGCUUGUCUCUUGUUAAUAGGAAUGUAAAAAUGGAUAGCAGUGAAAGCAAGAAAGCAAUACUAGGAACAUCACUGCUAAUAGGCUUAUUGACCACACCAUGAUCUAAACUUACCUGGAAGUAUGUUAUCCCCCAACACGAAGUCUCACACAUUAUUUUUAAAUUUCAAGAUAAUAAUAAUAUCUAAAUGUUGAGCAAAUCGUGUUAUUGUUGUGGUUUGAAGUAUGCUUAAAGAACGUGAGGCAGUAAGAAUUACAUUUUGUUGCUGCAUUUUGCUUCUCGCCAUUAUAGAUUGGGAUGGCUCGGUACUGGACAUACAUUAUACCAUCUAUAAUGAAGUAGAUUUAACAUUAUUGGGUCACCACAUUACAAGAAUGCAGAAAACACAAAGAUGAGGGAACAAAAAGUGGUUUCUGUCGAUCAAGCCCACUUCCACCGCAGUGUUGCUGUCCAUGGUGCUGGAAACAUCUAGUCUUAUAUCCACAGAUUUUAUGCGGUACAAAUAAGAGAACAUCUCAUAUUGGCAUAAGUUUACAGUGCAAUAAUUCAGUAUUGUGCAAUAAUUCAGUAUUGUUAAUUGCGUCACUUCUGUUAUGCUUUUAGUCUCGUAUAUUUUCACUUAAAAUUAUGCAGUGUCGUAUGUUUGUGUGCUGACUAGGAUCACGUGUGGAUCAGACUAUUUGGCGUACAUAUUUGUUGGAUUUAUCAUAAAUGUUAAAGCGUGGUUUCUACGCCUGGUGUGCUAUGCUGUGAUGGCUAGUGGUUUGUCUUCUCUCUGUAUCUCAUGCAUAGCCUGCAAGAUUGUGGAUAUUCAUGGUAUAGCUACUGAUCACAAAUUCUUCAAGGAGGGAUAUGAGUGAAUAAGCAGUUAUAUUUGUAAGCUAUCAAAAGGACAUUAAUUUUCCUUCAACAAAAUACAAAAUAUCUCUCUUGCUGUCUUGGUAUUCCAUCAGAUUGCAAGUUAAUCCACAUUAUUUAGUCAUAGUAGUUUGAUAACAGUCUACUUUUUAUAUAAAUCUGUGGAGCUCAAUACUCCAAACGUUUGUCAGCAUUUGCAAGAGUUUGGCGUUUUCGGAGGUAAAUUAAAAGUGUUUUCCCACACAUUCACUAGGAGGCAGUAUGUUACCAUAUAAGGCAUUUAACGUUGAUGCGCGCAGAUUGAGUCCGCCCAUUCACUAUUCAGUUUGGUGGUUAUACAGCAUUCAGCUGGCACGUUUGGACUAACCCACGGAGAUCAUUUUACGAUUGUUAAUAUCCCUGCAUUCCUUUUCAUUUUAAAAACGAAAGAAGGGCCCUGAUGAUGCCAUUAUUUUUUCGGGCUGUAAUGACGAAAAUAUUCUAGAAAAACGGGGACAUUUUGGACAUGUUUGGAUUUCUAAUUUGGCCGCACAGCAUGGAACAAAGAGGACGGGAACGUCGGCCUUUGCUCGGAGUCUUGGCGCUGUUUUUAUUCGUCCGUUCUGCUUCCGCACAGUUCAGAUAUUCCAUAUCCGAGGAGCUCAAUGAGGGGACUUUUGUUGGGAAUGUUGCGAAGGAUUUAGGAAUAGAGCUGGCUUCAAUAAAGCAGAGGGGAUUCCGCAUUAUGUCCAGCUCGAGUGAACGCCUUUUCAAGGUAAAUGAGAACGACGGGGCCCUUUACGCAAACCGCAAAAUUGACCGAGAGGAGGUUUGUAAGGAGAGCAGUGCGUGCCUGAUUAAUAUUAAAACCGUACUUGACAACCCAAUGGAGGUGCAUUAUAUCACAGUGGAAAUAAUAGAUAUAAACGACCACUCCCCCACGUUCCCGGAGAAGACAAAACGACUGGAAAUAAGCGAGUCCGCUUUACCGGGUGCUAAAUAUCAGCUGCAAAAUGCAUAUGACCCGGACGGCGGUGUAAACUCCGUGCAACAGUACAAAAUCAGCCAAAACGAUCACUUCCGCUUGGAGGUAAAAGAUCGAGGGCGAGACGGCAAAACGCCAAUUUUGCAGUUGCAAAGGCAGCUUGACAGAGAGAGCAAACGCAACCAUAAACUGGUGCUGACAGCCAUUGAUGGGGGUACACCCCCCAAAACAGGCUCUGUUGAAAUCCUCAUCGAUGUUCUGGACGUGAAUGACAACAUGCCGGUGUUCACGAAAGAGACUUAUUCUGCAACGCUGCAAGAGAACGCCCCCCUGGGUACGACUGUCAUUCAAGUUAACGCGACAGACUCUGAUUUUGGCUCCAACGGGGAAGUUUUUUAUUCGUUCGGAAGUGACGUCAAAGAUAAAAUUAGGCAAUUAUUUAACAUUGAUCCUGUCACUGGGGAGAUUAUUGUGAAAGGUAACGUUGAUUUUGAGGAGCAAGACAGUUAUGAUAUUGACAUCCAGGCAUCAGAUAAAGGAAGUAUUCCAUUCAAAACGGAUAAAAGUGUAAUCAUUAAAAUUAUUGACGUGAAUGAUAAUCGUCCAGAGAUAGAAGUGACGUCUUUGUCUCGUGCAGUGUCUGAGGACUCUCGACCCGGGACAACUGUAGCUCUCAUCAGUGUUACAGAUUUAGACUCCGGCCUUAACGGUAAAAUAAUAAGUCAUGUUUCGGAAGAGUCUCCUUUUAUGUUGACUGCAUCGAUGCAGGAUAACAUGUAUGCUGUUGUUACUAAGUCCCAGCUUGACAGGGAACAAAAACAGGCAUAUGAUAUAACAAUAAUUGCUAAAGACUCGGGUCAACCAGCUCUAACCUCCAAGCAGAUUAUCAGUGUUUUUGUUUCAGACACUAAUGAUAACAGCCCGGAAUUUUUAUUGAGUCCAUACACUUUCUACAUUAGUGAAAAUAACAAACCAGGGGAUUCAGUCUUUUCUGUAAAAGCGUUUGAUCGUGACGAAGGGGAAAACGCCCAAAUAUCUUAUCACAUUCUGAGAAACAUAGCAAGGGAAAAUGGGCACACAUCAUUUCUGAAUAUCAAUUCUGAAACGGGAGAAAUUCUGGCACUAAAAAGUUUUGACUUUGAGACGCUGAAAAGCUUCCAGUUCCAAGUGGUGGCCACGGAUGGUGGAAGUCCUCCCCUGAGCAGCAACGUGACAGUGAAGGUGUUCAUUCUGGAUCAGAAUGACAACGCUCCAGUCAUCCUGUAUCCGGUCAGCUCCAACGGUUCUGCCCAAGGUGUGGAGGAGAUUCCCCGCAACAUCAAAGCGGGAGACUUGGUGACCAAAGUCCGGGCCUACGACGCCGACAUCGGCUAUAAUGGCUGGUUGCUCUUUUCGCUGCAGCGAGUCAGCGACCACAGUCUGUUUUCUUUGGACCGCUACACGGGCCAGAUCAGAACACUUCGCUCCCUGACCGAGACGGACGAGGCCGAGCACCGCCUGCUCAUCCUGGUCAAAGACAACGGCAACGUGUCGCUCUCGGCGACGGCUACGGUGACCGUCAAACUCGUGGAGCCGAAAGAGGCUUUUGCGGCUUCCGACGUGAAAAGUGUGGCCACGGUGGACGAGGUGGACAAUGUGACUUUUUACCUCAUGAUCACUUUGGGGUCGGUGUCGCUCCUUUUCGUCAUCAGCAUCAUCGUGCUGAUCGCCAUGCAGUGCUCCAAAUCCACCGAGUACACUUCCAAAUAUCUGCAAGAAACCAAUUAUGAUGGCACGCUGUGUCACAGCAUCCAGUAUAGAUCGGGAGACAAACGCUAUAUGUUAGUUGGACCCCGAAUGAGUAUUGGCUCCACCAUAGUACCGGGCAGCCACGCCAACACGCUGGUGCUCCCUGACAGGAGAAACACUUCCGGGGAGGUAAGAAUCAUUAACGUAUUACAUUUUAUUAUGACUAUGAGAGAAUAUGCCACAUUAAAACAAAAGUUGGUUGAUUGAAUUGUAACCCAAAUAACAUUUUCUGACAUUGCAUGCGGUGGCUGGGUGGUGCACUGGUUAGCGCAUCCAACUCACA